UCAAAUCCUAGCAAGUAACAACACAAAUGGCCUUCCCUUCAACACUCGUUGCCACGAUCACUUUGAUCCUCCUUGCCUCAGCAGCUCAAGGCCUCGUAAUCAAUGGCCAGACAAUCUCCAAUGCCAUAAUAGGGGGAACCCUCGUGUGUGAAGACACCUCUCUGGCCGUGGCCAAGACCUUUCAGCCCAUCCCUCAAGCCCUGGUUGAGCUCCGCUGUGGCAACACCUCCACCUCCACUGAAACCGUGCUCAUGUCCGUGCUCACUGAUGCUGCCGGCACCUAUUUUCUCGGCUUCUCAGUACUCGACACGCUGCUCUUUGAUCCCGCCCAGUGCUACCUUCGCGCCACCAUUCCCCCCGGCUCCUCUUGCGCUCUCUUCAUUCCCAAUGGCUUCCUUCGCAUUCCUCUUGUCGUGCUCGACGUGGUUCAGGCCUUGCUCGGUUUCUGGGCUGUCUUCAUUGCAGGCCCUGUUACUUACAUGGUUCAGUAG